UUAUUGUUUUACCAACGAGGCCCCCUAGUCACCACACAGACUCAUGACGUAUCAGUACCGAAGCCUGCAAAGGAUCAAGUAUUGAUUCGCGUUGUGGUUGCAGCCAGCAACCCUAAAGACUACAAGCAUGUCCUUUCCACAGGGACCGCAAUAAACAGUGGUGAUGACGCUGCUGGUAUUAUUGAAGACUUGGGAAGCUCCGUUGAAUCAUCUGGGCAAUUCAGGCGAGGUGAUCGUGUUGCCAUAUUCCACGCCAUGAUGACACCAGGGGGAACGUAUGCUGAGUAUGCUCUCGCCCCAGCCACAACAGUUUUGCUCCUGCCUCAAUGGAUCAGCUUUGAGUGUUCGCUCCCCUGGUCCGAUAUCUUCCGCCCUUGUAUAUUAGCUUACUUCUCAACAGCAGCGUCAACGAUCCCGUUAACAACCCUUGCAGCUGCGCUUCCUCUUUUCCGUCGCCAAAGUCUACCAGCACCAUGGAUGAAGCGCAGCACCAAUGCAGCCCCUCUGCCUUUGAUUGUGUACGGUGCCUCCUCAGCUUUGGGGAGUUUUGCGAUCAAGCUCGCGCGCCAUGCCAAUAUUCAUCCCAUUAUUGCUAUUGCAGGUGGAUCAUCGGACUAUAUAAAGCAAUUUUUGGAUUAUAGCCGAGGCGAUGCACUUGUGGACUAUCGCAAUGGCGCGGAUGUGUUGAAGUCAGACGUGAAAAAGGCAUUGAACGGACUCCAGGCAUUUCAUGCUCUCGACGCUAUCAGUGAAUCGAAGUCAUGGGUACAAGUUGCGCAGAUGCUGUCAGGUGGUGUCGUCUCGGUUGUCCAAGGGAGCGAGAAAUACGACGAGCCGGAUAUUCCUGCGAAUGUCGAAAUCAGCUACAGCUUUGUUGGGUCGGCCCACUCCGGCAAGUUUCUCAGUUCGAUGCCUAAGCAACCAUCCGAUAAAUCGUCUGUCGAGGCUGACGUGGAGUUCUCUUAUGUUCUCAUCAAUUACAUCUCGCGGCUGCUUUCAAAACACGAGUUUGAGGGACAUCCGUUUGAG